GUCUCUUCCUGCUUCGUAGCAUUUCGAUUCGCAGCAUGAAAUUUUACUCUCAGUGACAGAUGCUUAGGGAAGUCUUUGGGCUAACCGGUAUAAACUAUCACAACACGUUAAGGCAAAGGGUUUAGAGAGAAAAAUCUACACGUACAAAAAUGUCUCAGUGCUCCGAACCGGCAAUCGUUUGCUCCGAAAACACCAAGAAGGAGAGGAAAGUUGCUGUCAUCACUGGAAUUACAGGACAGGAUGGGUCAUACUUGGCAGAGUUUCUGCUGUCCAAAGGAUAUGAGGUUCACGGUAUUUUGAGACGCUCCAGUUCCUUCAACACUGGACGCAUUGAACAUCUUUACCAGAACCCACAGACACAUACUGAAGGAAAUAUGAAGCUGCACUAUGGAGAUCUCACCGACAGCACAUGUCUAGUGAAAAUCAUUAACCAAGUCAAACCUACCGAGAUUUACAACCUGGGUGCUCAGAGUCAUGUCAAGAUCUCCUUUGAGUUGGCUGAAUACACUGCUAAUGUGGAUGGUGUAGGAACCCUUCGGCUUUUGGAUGCUAUAAAGACGUGUGGCCUGACCAACAGCGUGAAGUUUUAUCAGGCCUCCACGAGCGAGUUAUACGGCAAAGUCCAGGAAAUUCCACAGAAGGAAACCACACCCUUUUACCCUCGUUCACCUUACGGUGCUGCUAAAUUAUAUGCCUACUGGAUUGUGGUAAACUUCAGAGAGGCCUACAACAUGUUUGCUGUCAAUGGGAUCCUCUUCAACCACGAGAGUCCAAGAAGAGGAUCCAACUUUGUGACUCGGAAGAUCAGCCGCUCUGUGGCAAAGAUUCACUUGGGCCAACUGGAGAGCUUCAGUCUGGGCAACCUGGAUUCUAAGAGGGAUUGGGGCCAUGCCGGAGACUACGUGAAGGCUAUGUGGUUGAUGCUGCAACAGGAGGAGCCAGAUGAUUUCGUCAUAUCAACAGGCGAGGUGCACAGUGUGAGGGAGUUUGUGGAAAAAGCCUUUAACCAUAUCGGGAAGACCAUCGUUUGGAAUGGGAAGGAUGAGCAAGAAGUAGGCUGUUGCCAAAAGACAGGAGUUGUGCAUGUGAAGGUGGAUCCAAAGUUCUUCCGUCCAACAGAAGUGGAUUACCUGCAAGGAGACAGCACCAAAGCAUAUCAGAAGCUGGGUUGGAAGCCAAAGGUGACUUUUGAGGAGCUGGUGAAAGAAAUGGUGGACGCAGACAUCGAGCUGAUGGAGAAAAAUCCAAAUGCCUGAGGAAGUCCAUUAAGGACGCAAACGUGUCAACAUUCCCCCAUGGACACAGGAGAAGGACCAUAAGAAAUUGUGAAGUUACUGUAUUUUUCAUGCUUUUUUAAAGUACUAAUCAAUUUAUGAUUAAUUUGCCAGGUAUAUUAUUAGGAACUGUACAAGAAUGCGCAAAUAAAUUUAAAUCAUGACAAGUGCUUAUUGUUGUAAUUCGGGUAAAAUUAAUGCAUAUGAUUUAACACCUCUGUUUGUAGUGUGUCCAGUUUGUGAAGAAUUUGUCAGGUUCUUUUUUGUUAAUAUAUGGCGGAAAACACAGACAAGAAGCUUUUGCACACCUCUUUAAAAUAAACUCUUGUAUUUUAAGCCAAAAGAACGGUUGUGUUUGAUAAAGAACAAUAUGUCGAAAUGCUGCAAUAGCAGAUUCAUGGCACAUUAAGCCCCGAACUAUUUUUAAUUUGGCUAUUUUACACUGGAAACUCCCGUUUACAGACGUCGCACAACCUCUUUUGUUUCAACCCAGCCAUAAAAAGAAGGUAUGUAAUGGUAUCUCUUAUUCAAAAUGUCUGUCAUUUUUAGCUUUGAUUCAUUAAUUGAUGUCUAAUAUUUUGUUUAAAAAAAAAAAAAAAGACUGAAAAAUUAUUCACUUGCCUAUUUUAAACUUAAACAAUUUACGUCACAAUGAAAAAAAGGGUGUAAAUUUUGUUACUGUCGCUUUUUAUUAAAUAAUCGAUCCAAACAAAGAGAAAUUGGUGGAAAAAAAUGUUUAAAAGGGUGGAUGUUAAAAAGAACAUCUCGACCAUUCCUUGAUGUCUGCGAUUUCUGCAUCGCGACCCUAGUUAUAUUAUCAUGUUUCACCCAUAAAAUCCCCCAAAAAUCCGGCUGUGGCCAUUCACAUCUGUGUCUUGACACUCGAUGAUACAUGCUACAUGGAGUUUUUGGAUAAUAUCUCGUUAAAAUCAUGGCGUCUUUAAUUAUGCUCUCGCGUGCACCUGCAGUUAGGGUUUUGCUGUUUAAUUUUUUAUUUUGUUUCCCUUAAAUUCCUUCCUGUUCAAAAAUUUUCUUCCCCUAGAAAACUGAAAUUUUAAGAUAUCCAAUGAUGUAUCACACAUGCAUAUUGGACAAUUUUGAAAUUUGGCCAAAUUUGGGGGUCUCGAGCAGAACUUCAAGUCACCUGAGUCUUCUUCGCCAUAUAUAUGUUUUUUAAUUUGUCAGCAGUGCACUCUUUACUGGACUCGAAGAGUUUUUUAAUACCUCCCAGAAAAAAAGCUGAUGGACUCGCUGGAAAAUGAGUUGCACCUUUGUGUAUGUUUUUUUUUUUUUUUUUUUUUUUUCCUUUCUUUUAGCAUUUGCCUUCAUUUGUCUUGAAUCCAAAGUGCUGUUUUGACCAUUUCUGCCUUAUAAUUACAUUUAAGUUGGUUACGUUGAACUUUCAUGUCGAAAAAAAUAACAAAAACAAAAACAUGGUUUUGCCAAAUUAAUAAAA